UAAAAAGAAGAGCUUUUAACCUCCUGUUUUUAUGUGGGGAAAACAUAAUCCUGGAAACAAAGUUUUAAUAUUUUCUUUCUGCAGGUAUAUUAAAAUAUUGGCCGGGAUAAUAGGGAAUUAUUUUACAAUUUAAUUAUUCCUACUUACAUAAAUAGCCAUAUCUAUCUGUUGGUGCAGUUUGUGAUGAAAAUGCAGGCAAAAGGUUUUCUGGGUCUUUUGUCUUUUAACGAUGAUUGACAGGUCGUUGAUGACGUCACUACAGAUGGGCUUCGUUUUUGUUUUUGGCGGACAUGAAGGUUUAACCUUUUAGAAGAACAGUUGCCCUGGUUGCUUGGGAUUGUUUUUGUCCAGCCUAGACAAACCAGUGGGAGAAAAAGGUUUCAGCAGCUCCUGGUAUCUGGAUUUAGGUCUGCAGGGGUUUGUUUUGUUUCACCAUGGUGCAGGAGAAGAAUGAUGGGAUAAACAACAACAACAUGAACCUUCUACGUCAACACAACAAACCUGCAUUGUCAUGGGAAUUGAAAAUCAAGAAAAAAGUGAGGACAAUACCCAGCUUUCUAGGUAACUUCAGACCAGCUGUGGGGCAGUGCUGUCACCAGUGUACGCCGGACAGUUUGAGGAAGAAUCUUGGAAAGAAUUCUUUUCUCGGCUUCGACAACCUGCUGGACGUCAGUGAGACAAAAACCAGGUAUCGAGGCUGGCUAGUGCGGAGGUUGUGCUGUGCCCUGUUUGUGAGUGGGUUGAAGGUUUUUGGGAGUCCCGCUGGCGACAGGAUGCAGAGAAUCUGCCAGAGCAACAGGGUUAGGGAGGCGUUGGCAGCAGCAGCACAUCCCGAGGGGGAAAUCUGCCAGGAGAGGCUCAGUCGUCUCACUCCCUUCCUUCCUCUCAUCAACACCUGCAUUUCCUCUGCCCUCCUGAGAUUCACGGGCUGGGCGAUGCUGAAGAUGUUUGCUUCUGUGUUUGGCAGUAUUCAGGUUAACCUCAACCAUCUGUCAGCUUUGCACAAAGCUUCACGAGAGGGCUCUCUGCUGGUUUAUGUGUACUUGCGUCAGAGCUCCGUGGACUGUGCUCUCAUCCCUCUCGUGCUCUUCUGUCACAACCUGAGAGUACCAUACACUAUCUGUCCUCUCCACGUUAACAGCCCCUUCCUGAGAUCGGUUCUGAAUAAAUUAGGAGUUGUCCUCCUGCCAUCCUCUGUGUCAACUGAGCUGGAUGCUGAAAUGGAGACUUUAUACUCUCCUGUCAUGACCUCACUGAUAGGUGAGCUGCUCCAUGAGGGUCAGGCGUUAAGUGUUGGCGUGUCAGCUGUGUCUGGCCACGGGGGCCAGUGGCUAGCUCGCAUCAGGCGUCUCAUCAAAGAUGGAUCUGUCCCUGAUGUCAGUCUGGUCCCGGUGGGCAUCUCUUAUGACUCUGUGACCAACACCAACCUGCAGGGAUCCACACAGGUCUGCCUAAGAUCUGCUCUUCAGUGGCUCUGGGACCUUUUCUGGAAGAAACCUGAAGGAAGUGUGAGGAUUCAUCUGGGUCAACCUUUCUCUCUGAAGGAGAUGUGUGAGCCAGGAAGGUGCAGGGUAGAUAAAUGGCUCCCUCUGCAGAACCUGUUGCUGCCUGUCAUCCUGAACAGCAGGGUUGAUGACAUGUAUGGGAAGAGGCAGAUGCUGUGGCUUCUGCCUUCAUUUGAAUGCACACCUGAACUAAGUCCUUCUGAAAAAGACGUGUGUGUCGCCAUCAUCCUUCACCUCAUGUUCUCUGCAGCUUCCUGCAAGGCUGUGAUGUCCACCAGUAUAGUGGCCAGUCUUUUGCUUCACAGAUACCGCAAGGGCGUGAGCGCUUCCACCCUAUGUCUCGACGUGGCUUGGCUCACUGAGGAACUCUUGUUCAGAAACAGAGACGUCGGCUUUGGGGGAAGUUUGGUGGAAGUCGUCCACUAUUCUCUCUCUCUGCUAUCUCCCCACAUUAUCAUCGCUGCUGUACCAUCCAGAGAAGACCCUCUGAUCAUGUCCCAUCCAUCUGCUGCUGCUGCACUUCAUCUCUCCCACCUGGCCCAAACAGUGACGCAUGCCUUUACACUAGAAUGUGUCGGAGCGUGUGCGGUGUCGGCCAUGCUGCGCGAGGUGGUUUUCAGUGGCGUCAGCAGCAGGGUGAGGACUGAAGGCGUGGAGGGAGAAGAGGUCAAAGAUGACAUGGAGUUUGAUGUGGUGCUCUGCCAGACCGAGCUGACGGAGAGAGCCUUGCAGCUUUGCCAUCUCCUGCCUCCGGGCUCCAUGCCACCCUGCCAGUCGUCUCAGAGUUUCGCUCUGGAUGCCAUCGACAGUCUGGUGCGCUGUGGUGUCCUGAUCACAGAAGAAAAUCCUGCAGCUGCUCCUAAGUGCGACUUCUGGAAGAAGGAGAGUUCUCUGAAAUGGACCACAACUGACGACCCGUACCACAGCGACUCCGACUGUGAGGAGCAGGACCUGUGGUCCUACAAGAUAAGCCAGCCAAGCCGGUGUCCAGACAUGCUUUUCUUCCUCUGCAGCAUGCUGGCUGGACAUCUGAGGACCCUGUGCUGGACCACCAUGGCCCUGGACAUCGUGGACACCCCUCUGGCUGAGGCUGAGUUUGUGCGACAGAUCCACUCCCAUCUGUGGAACACAGCAAAUCAGAAGAAGCAGUAUUACGAGAGUUGCUCGGAGGAGGCGGCACACACUGCUGUUAGAACACUAAUAGACCUCGGGGUCCUCUUGGAGGAGCGUCAGACAGGAGGUGUCUUCCUGGGUGUCAGUCCUUUGUUCCAGUUGUCAGAGAACAGACAGAAGCUGCAUUGCUUCAUCACACAGUAUCUCUACAGUUAAUGUUCUCCAGCUUUGUUCAGCUGCAGAAUCUCAUCCUUUUGUUAGGGAAGCCUCUGUUCAUUUAAAAGCUCUCAUUUAAAAAGCUUGUAUUUUCAAGUAAAUUGCUUAUAUAUAUAUAUAUAUUUUUUUUUACAACUCUGUGAAAGAGACAUUUCUUGCAGUGGUUUUUUUUUCUAAGGUUGGUUGCAAAGAAAUAGCAGUAGAUUUUUGAUGGAGUUCCGGUAAUCCACUGUGAAAUCGCCGUUUUGGCGUUUGUAAUUAAAGCUGCUCCUGUUUUGUGCUUAUGUAAAGUCGAUAGAUAAUAAAAGUCCUUUUUUUGUGUUGUACACAGCAA